AUGUAUGGAUGUUAUGUGCCCGGAAGGCCGACGCAACCGAUCUGCAGUUGUCAGCCCCACGAAAUAUGUCACCAUGGGCAGUGCUACCCGAACCCACCCAUUGGCCUCGACUGUACCAACGAUAUCUGUCAUGGUGGAACAGUCUGUGCAAACUCAGUCUGCGUGAUGGAUCCCUGUCCGGGAAGAUGUCCACCAGAUCAGUCUUGUCGUCUGGGCGAGUGCCGCAUCAUUGAAGGAACUCCUUGUGUAACAGAAUGCAGCGGACCGUUCGCAUGCAUCGAUGGUCGAUGUAGAAGAAACGACUGUGAAACACGUGUCUGCCAGAUCGGCGAGACAUGUGAGAGCGGACAGUGUACCCGAGUAUCUGGCCGCUUCUGUACCUGGGCCCCACGAGACUGCGGUCAAGCAUUCGCGUGCAAGGAAAAUGUUUGCAUCGACCUGCUCACUCCUGCUACCACAGCUCUACCACAGCAAGACAAUCGGCUGCCAACUUUGUGA